CAGAACAACCGCAGGAAGAUCUCGGAGCAACACACUCUUAUUGGUCGGUAAAAACUAUGGAUGUAUUGGUAAAAACUCAAAAGUGUAGUCGUUGAAUCUUUAUAAAACGUUUUCUCCCUCCACCUCGGACUAUUUCUCCAGUUCUUUUUCUUUUUCUUGCUGCACAAACCGAAAGUAACAGCUCCACAAUCACCCAGAAAACCCGGACUGGAUCAACAGAAAACCCGGACUGGAUCAACAGACUGACUACCGUGAAUUCAGCAUGGCAGCCAAGGACAUUUUGAUAAGUAAGAAGACAUCCAUUGUGGAAACUUUGGUCGCAGACUACAGUUUAAUCCUCAACAAAGCUGAGCAGAACAAGUUGAUAACUCAACGUGAGUACAACAAUCUGAAAAGCAUCAACAAAGAGAACGAAGAGGGCCACGUUUUGGCGUUGGUGGAUAAGAUCAUGAACAAAGGAGAGGGGACCUGCCAAGCCUUCCUGAACCUCCUGCAAACUGAUGAGGGUAUCCAGGAGACUUACCCUGAGCUGAAGAACAUAUUCUUGCCACACCCGGUUCAGGCUUCUUCAGUUGACAACACCAAGAAGAAGAGGAGACGUAAGAAGGAGCUGGAGGAGGGAACCCGUCCUGCAGCAGAUCAGCUGGAUAGAAGCCAAUCUGUCAAGAAACUGAAGACUCGUGACUCCCAGGAUGGAAAAGCUCCAUGGAGGAAAUCCAUCUUUGAUCUAAAAUCCAGUGGAAUUCUUGAGACGGAAGCAAUUAUUGGGAAAGUUGUUAAAAAAUCCGAGCUGAUCACAUCCAAGAUAAAGACGUUUUAUUUUUUUCUGGGCGUCGCUGACGAGACGGCCAGCGUCAAACUGAUGGUGUACGGAAAAGAUCACCAUCGACAAAUCAAAGAGGGGAAGUCCUACAUCUUCAGGAAUCUAAUAAUAGAUGGAAUAUAUGUGAAGGUUAACGCAUCGAGCAGCGUGUCAGUAACAAAACCUGUCAUCAUCCCGGAGGAGUUCGAGAGAGAAGCUGAGAGACUGCUGUAUCCUGAGAGUCCACUGACCUCCAUUAAAGACAUCAAAUCAUCUCGUCCCCAGACACACGUGAGCGUUGAAGGAACCGUCUCCAAGAUUGAUCCUGUCAUAAAAGUGAAGGUGAAGGAGAAGAUGACGAAUCAUCAAAGGUUCAAACUGAAACAGGAAGCUGAGGAAAUCAGCGUCACCAUGUGGGGCGAGGCCACCAAGCAGAGCAAAGGCCUUUCAGUCGGAGACGUCCUUCUUCUUAACAACAUGACAUACUCUGGGAAAGUGUCUCUCAACUCAUCUAAGUUCACCAAAAUAAUCAAGGUUCAAAGUGUCGGCAUCCGGAAAGUGACUCUCAAGAUUAGAGGGAUCAAGAAAGCCACGCUGAAGGAGACUCAACUGGAGGUGGAUUUAGACGCGAAGCUGCUCACGCUCAUCGUGGCGUCUCGACUUCUGGCGAAAACUCUCGGCUUCCAGCUGAAGAAAGGCUUUGACAAAGAUCUCCUUAAAAUAAUACCGCUCUCAGUGGAGGCUGAAAUACAAGGAAACAGAAUCAUCAAAAUGGCAGACCCUGAGAACAUCUGAAGGGGAGUUCUGCAGCAUUCAUGUGUUACGUGCCGUGGUGUGUUUGUGUGUGUCUCCCUCCAGGUGCAGCCUCUCCCUCAGGUGCUCCCAAUCCCCAAUCAGGGCCUCCAUAAAGGACCUGAGGAAGGCUGCAGUCUCUCUGGGUGUUUCUCAAUCGCG